GAGUGUGCGCACAGUUGUUCAUUUGGUGAACACAAACAGACGCUGAGAGCGAAGCUGGAGCGAAGAAUGUGACAGAAAACAGUUCUCUGAGUUCUUCAUCAGCGCCGCCACAUUUCGGCUCAUUUCUCUCUCUCUGAUUUUAUUCUGAAGACACCAUGGAGCCGAUCACCAAGUGGACGCCAAAGCAAGUUGUCGACUGGAUGAAAGGUUUGGAUGACAGCUUGCAGCAGUACGUUAGCAACUUUGAGCGGGAGAAGAUCAGUGGCGAGCAGCUGCUGAAGAUCACACAUCAGGACCUGGAAGAGCUCGGCGUUGCCAGGAUUGGCCACCAGGAGCUGGUGCUGGAGGCUGUCGACCUGCUAUGUGCUCUGAACUACGGAGUGGAGUCAGACAACUUGAAGAAUCUGGUAGUGAGGAUGAGAGCUGCCACCAACAGUCUGCACAUGGCCACGGCCGACCGCAGGAAAAGCCCUGCCUACGAUGGAAGCGCCUCGCGGAAGCCACCUAACGAUUUUCUUACCUCCGUGGUGGAGCUGAUCGGUGCUGCAAAGAGCCUCCUGGCGUGGCUCGACAGGACGCCUCUUACAGGGAUCAGUGACUUCACAGCCACCAAGAACAAGAUCAUUCAGCUGUGCCUGGAGCUCACCACCACAGUUCAGCAGGACUGCAGUGUUUAUGAGAUGGAAGAAAGGAUCCUGGAAGUUUCAAAGAUUUUGAACACCAUCUGUGAUCAGACCGUGAGAACCACCUCUGACCCCCUGAUGAGCCAGUCGGCUUGUUUGGAAGAAGUCCAGUUGACCAAUAUCAAUCCAGGCGAGGGUCUGGGAAUGUACAUCAAGUCUACUUAUGAUGGGUUGCAUGUCAUCACUGGAACCACAGAACAUUCGCCCGCAGACCUGACGAGGAAGAUCCACGCUGGGGACGAGGUGAUCCAGGUUAACCAUCAGACUGUGGUGGGCUGGCAGCUGAAAAACCUGGUUUUUAAACUGAGGGAGGACCCUAAAGGUGUGGUUCUACUCCUGAAGAAGAGGCCCACGGGCACAACAGGUUUCACCCCCGCCCCACUGAAGAACAUGCGCUGGAAGCCCCCAGUACCUCAGAAUAAUUCGUCCCUCAUUAGAACCCAGUCUCCUUCCAGUUCAGCUAAUGGAUCAACCAAAAAGGAGAAGCCGGCUAUCCUGGACUUGUACAUCCCGCCUCCUCCUCUAAUGCCGUACACGCCACGAGAGGCGAGAACAGACUCCUUCUCCAGCAUCAGUAAAAGACCGAAGGGCUCUGAGUCACCUAACUCCUUCCUGGACAAGGGGAGCAGAGGACACUGCACCGAUUUUGACAAGCAAAGCGCUGGCUGUCCCAUCGAAGCCAAGGUGGUCCAGCCCAGAAUGAGGGAGCAUAAGCCCUCGCGUGGUAAGCCCCGGCCGCUGUCCAUGCCUGCAGACACCUGUCUGUCAGUGGUUGAUCCUUACGCAAAGCCCUGGGCGCAGGGACGGAAAGGUGAGGACCUGUACAGAUACCUGAGUAACGAGAGGAUCCCCACCAUUGCUGAGGAGGUCCCCUCGGUGUCUCCACCCUACAGGCCUGCAGGGGAACGGCAUCUCAUCCGAGUGGACCACAUCCGGGGCAGCCGCUACUACUCCAACUCAGACCUCCACAACAGUGCCACCAUCCCCUACCAGGAAGACAUGAAAAAGGCUCCGGUAGCUCCCGUCUCCAAGCGCACGACGGCAGAACGCUCACUACUGGUCAGUUGGAUCACGCGGCUUAAGCUAUUGACUCACUGAUGAUGCGCUUCCUGUCCGGGGCUUCCUGUUCCUGUCUUGUCUUCCUCAGUGCCUUUGACAUUUAACGUCCUCGGGCUUUCUCACACUCCUCUCUCCCAUACCUCCCUGGUGUUACUACUACUACCAACUACAACUGCUACUCCUCAACCAAACCUGCUUUUGUAGUACUCACUACAUUAAGUCAUCGCUCCUUUAACACAACCCUCAUCUCUGACACAAGCCUCAGCAUCAAGAGGACACAGUUGUGUUCAGAUUUAGGCUUUUUUUGGCCUCGUUUGCUGUACAUGGACAUCUCUGUACAUAUCAUGUAAUGUUUCGGCUAAGAUGUUCUUCACGUCGCUUAUUUAAUACACUGAAGCUCUCGACCAGCUCGGUUCUCUGUUUAUUUGCUUUUCAUUUGCAUAAAUAAGUUAUUAAAAAAGAAUAAGUUAGACAAGCAGCACAUGUCUGUUAGCGAGGCUGUUUUUCUUUUCAUGUUGCUUUUUUUCUUUUUUAAAACAAAUUCAUUUUUGUGAUUGCUUACAUUAACUUCUGCCAAUGGUUGCCUCUUGUAAAGCUAUGCAUACGAUUUUUACUGUCACUUUAGUGGAAAAAUGCUGCAUUGGUUGUUAAAGGUGUUUAUCUUGUCACUAGCAAACAUUUGUGCAUGAUUUAAGGCUAUGCACUCAACUCAGUAAACCUUUAUAACCUGUGUUUCAGCUCGCUCUGCAAGCACCCAUCUAAAGGGCCUAUACAUACAGCUGGUUGACAGUAAACUGGUCUUUUAUGCCAGUGUUUUUGAACCAAGACUUUGGGACACACAGGUCAAAUGGCCUUUAAUUAGAAAAACCACAGAUCACAAAAGACAGAAUGACGGCAUUAUUUAAGAAGCUACAGGGAAUGAGUGUCUGUUGUUGCUUUAUCUGCCUUUUGUAAGAUUUGAAUAGCGAUUUAUUAAAA